AUGCCAGAGAACUACCAAACAAAUAUUGGUAAAAGUUCUAAGAUCUCCGAUUUGUCUUCAAAAAUCAGAGAGGCAGAGAACGACUUAUCAAUUUCUAGGGGAAUUAAAUUAAGAAACAAUAGCUUAGGAAAUCAAUCUAAACAUAUGAAUGGGCUGGCGUUCAACAAAAGUGCUCAAGAUUCGAAAGAGGUAUCGGAGCUACACAUAUUAAGAUUAAAACAGAUAGAAACUGCUCAGAGGUUAAAAGAAACAUUAAGGAGAAAUGUUGAUCUUAUGACUGAAUUACAAAAGGCACGAGGAGUUGUAAGAAAUUUAGAAAAAAAAUUAAGUUUAAUAGAACGGGCCGAAAGUGUUAAUUUACUUCAUGAUAAUGCUGCCAAAGAUAUAAUUCCUCCAUGUAAUCAUUGCCCAAAACAACAAGAAGAGAUAAACAAAUUAAAAUUGCACAUUAUUGAAAUGAAUGAAUCUUUCCAAAAAAGAUGGGACGAUACACAAAGGGAGUUACUUCAAGCAAAGCAAUCUUUAUCUGAUGUUUCAAGCAAGCUUUUUGAUUCAAUGAAUAAUUAUCAAAUGAAAAGCCCUCAAGAAACUAGCCAAAUUCAAAGCUUUAAUGAUGGCACGAACGAAUUCAUGGAAGAGAGUUCACACUUUAAUGAUAGAGUACUAGAAAGGUAUAAGAACAAUAAUACCAAUAAUAUUAUUUAUCAUCGAAAUGGAUCUGAAGCUCAGUCACCUUCUACUUACAGGCUAUCUAGACCAUCUAGCUCAAAUCUUUCUAAUGAUUUAAAUGGCCGAAAUCUAAAUCUAAAUUCCUAUUCUAGAAUUAGCAGUAGAAUAAGCAAUAUUCAGUACAAUGAAUAUGCUCAUCAGCCAGAAACACCCAAAGCAAGUUUCAACAACAGAAAUAUUAGAAACCUACUUUUAAAUCACGACCGGAGGAACGAUCCAAAUAUUGUAAUUAAACACAAUAGACCACAGUCCGAACACCUAAUUAAGUAUUCCCUACCUGAAACAGCGAGAGUUUUGCCAAAUAAUCACAAUAAAUCCAGUAGCGGAUUCUAUCAGACAGCCAAAGAUGGGAUUAACUACGAUCCUAUUACACAAAUUCGUUCUUUGGAUUCGAUUACAAUAAAUCCUGGAUUGAAUACUCAUGCAAAUUCGUUUCCUCCUGGACUAAGUUGCAAUGUUUCUAACCGCAGAUAUGAUUUAAAUUCUCGAGAUUUAAUUCCAAAUAAUCUUACAAAUCCAUUAGUUUACCCAAAUUCUUAUUCUUCGUACAUUUUGUCGUCCCAGAACAAAAUCCAAACUCAAAGCGAUUUAUUUGUUUCUGGAGUUGAGACGUUUAGUUCAAACAAAAUAAAAAAUUCUAUAUUUCCUGGAAGUAAAAACACAAGCUGUGAUACACAACAUUUUGAUAAUAAUUCAAUAAUACCGAAUCAAAUAGAGGGUGAGUGUUUAAACGAAACCACCAAUUAUCGUUCUUAUUCAGUAACGGACUCUAAUAAUCUUCAAAGCUCAAUAAGUCCUCCUUCAAAUUGUCAAACUAUAAUUGAGCCAAUAAAGGAUCAAGCAGUGAAUAACUACAAUACAUCUUUUAACGAAAAUCUAGACGAAUACCCCUCUUCACCUGCUACGAAAGACUCUCUGAAUGAACUGGAGAUUGAUCAGAGUACCUAUGGAAAUAUCAGGAAAACUCUCGAAGAGUUAAAAAAGACUCAAGACCAAAGAGUACAACAGUUGAAGGAUGAUAGAGAAAAGCUUCUCAGAGCAGUGCUAAGCGACCUACAGGAAAUGAAAGAUUUCAAAACAAAUCUUAAUAGUAUAAAGGAGAAUCAAGAAAGAAUGAUUAAUACCGCACCAAAAAGCUUAUUUUCUCUUGAAGACAGUAGUAAAUACGAUAAUAUCUAA